UUUUUGUAUAUCUAGCAUCGAUGUACUUCUGACAUCAUUAUAAUUCGAGCCUCAUCGAUUUUUUCGGCGUUUUCUUACCGCAAGGCGUGCUAAAUUAUUGCAUCCAAUCUGUUAUUUUUAAAUAAUUGCAAUCAUUAAUUCAUCUAAUAGAAAAAUGGUACGCGGAAACUUGCGAGGAGGUAGACCAAUGCGAGGUGGUCUACAUCGACCUCCCUUUAAGAAGACAUUUAUCCCGAGGCAUCCUUUCGAUUUAACUUUAGUUGCUGAGGUUUUAUUCCCAAAGGUAUCACCACAAGUCGAUGACUCUGCUCUUACUGCAGCACUUCUGAAGCGCAAUCAAGAUCUCAGUCCAACUCCAGCUGAACAAACCUCUAUUGGAAAUUUGGUUACUAAAGUGCAGUCUGUACUUGAUAAUUUGGUGGUUGCUCCUGGCGAUUUUAAUACUUGUCAAUUGGAGGAAGUGCGUCAAGUGGGAUCAUUUAAAAAAGGAACAAUGUUAUCUGGAAAAAAUAUUGCUGAUAUCGUCGUUAUACUGAAAACUUUGCCUACAAAGGAAGCAUGCGAAGCUUUAGCUAAAAAGGUCGAAGCUGAUCUUAAGAAUGCAAUGAAGACGGAAGUAUUGACAAAAGCUGAUCAAAUCUUCACCACUAUUCACGAUCGUGGAUUUGACGUAGCAAAUUGGCAGGCCAAAGUUUGCAUUUUAAUAGCAACGCUUCCACAAAAUUUGCGAAAAUUAGAAGCAGAUAUUCAUUUAGACCAAAAACUUAUGCAAUCUCAUCUCGCUGCUAUUCGUCACACAAGAUGGUUUGAAGAGAACGCACACCACUCUUCUAUUAAGGUAUUAAUACGCAUACUGAAAGAUCUCACAAAACGGUUUGAGGCUUUUAUACCUCUUUCUCCAUGGAUGCUAGAUUUGAUAGCACAUUUGUCAAUUAUGAAUAAUCCAUCUCGCCAAGCUUUGCCAAUAAACUUGGCUUUCAGGCGUGUUUUUCAGUUGCUCUCAGCCGGACUAUUUUUGCCCGGCUCUGCUGGUAUUACUGACCCAUGUGAACCAGGACAUAUUCGCGUGCAUACCGCAAUGACAUUAGAGGAACAAGAUGUUUGCUGUUUGACAGCUCAAACUCUUUUGAGGGUUCUUGCACAUGGUGGAUAUAAGCAUAUACUUGGAUUAGAAGGAAACACUAGUAUUGUGCGAGAAAUGUCCGUGUGGAAUGGCGUGGUUGUAUCACCGCUGGAGUUGGUAUAUGAGAAACCAGCCGAUAAGAAAGACGGCGAGGGUGAGGAGGACAUGGAAGCUGUUGAGAACGAUGGUGUCGCUGAUGAUGAUACUGUUGAGUAGAUAUUUACUCUCCAUGAAGUUGUGCUAUUUCAGUGUAUGUAUAUUUAUACAUUUUUAAUGAUGAAUAUUCGAAAUAAAAACUUCGCAUUUCAUUUAACUUAAAGGAUGUGAGGUUGAUUUGUAAGUAUAUACAAUGACGUGAAAAAUAGAGACCCGAAAUUGUGA